AUGGGCAAACCAACUUGGUCUGAUGAGAUGCCUUUGCAUCCACAAGUGAUUGUUACACCAUUUGACAAAUGGGGGUUAGAUUUUGUUAGGCCAAUUGAUCCAUCCUCAAAUGGUAGGUCAUAUAUUCUUGUGUGUACUGACUAUGUUACAAAAUGGGUUGAGAUCAAAGCAUUUAAACAUGUCAGGGAUAACAAGGUAGCAAAAUUUUUGUAUGAGGAGAUCUUUACACGAUAUGGAGCUCCCAUAGAGAUUGUGACUGAUCAAGGGGCACAAUUUACUUCCACUUUGAUCACUGCCCUAGUCAAUAAAUAUAAUAUAAGGCAUAGAAAAUCAACUCCCUACCAUCCUCAAGCAAAUGGGCAAGCUGAAAUCACCAAUAGGGAUCUUGAAUCCAUAUUAACCAAGAUAGUAUCCCUUCAUCGUAAGGAUUGGUCUAGUAGGUUGUUUGAAGUAGUAUGGGCCUAUCAAACCACAUGGAAAACUACUAUAGGGUUUACACCCUUUGAGGUGGUGUAUGGGACAAAGGCUAUGAUGCACGUGGAAUUUGAGCAUAAGACACUUAGAAUAGCCAUAGCUUUGGAUAUGAUUCUCUCUGCAGCACAACAUGAUAGGAUCCUGCAACUUAAUGCCUUGGAUGAAAUUAGGAAGUCAGUUCUGCAACACACAGAAACAAUUCAGAAUCAACACAUGAAAUGGCAUGAUAGAUAUAUAAAAUACAAAGAAUUCAAGCCAGGUGAUUGGGCCCUUCUUUAUGAUUCCGAGAAUAAGGACAAUUUGGGAAAAUUGCAAACACGCUGGUUAGAGCCUUAUGAGGUGAUUGAAACAUUUUCCAAUGGUGUAGUACGCUUGUCCAUAAUUGAUCCUGUAAAAUUCAAAUUGUUGGUGAAUGAUCAUUGCAUGCGCCUCUAUCAUAAGCCUCUUUCCAAAGAAAAAUUCCUACAACAGUUCACUACUCCAGCAAAUGCCAAGAUUCCUGCACCAACAGGCGGCAGGCUUGCCGUCUCGCCUUCUUCCUAA